UCUCAGUCCCCCGCUGCCUUGGUGUUGGGGGAACUGGGACUCCCCGUGGGGAGAGGAGGAAGGCUGGAAGUCCCGGAGGGACUGAGUCCCACAGAAAAGAGAGGAAGAGCUGAGAGGGGCCGGGGCACUGGGAAGGGUCGCCCAGAGGCCUCCCGGGGAUGGGCGGUGCAGCUAGUCUGAGCGCCCCUCGCACGCUGGUACUCUGGGCUGCACUGGGGACAGCAGCUCACAUCGGACCCGCACCUGACCCCGAGGACUGGUGGAGCUACAAGGAUAAUCUCCAGGGAAACUUCGUGCCAGGGCCUCCCUUCUGGGGCCUGGUGAACGCAGCCUGGAGUCUGUGUGCCGUGGGGAAGCGGCAGAGCCCCGUGGAUGUGGAGCUGAAGAGGGUGCUGUAUGACCCCUUCUUGCCCCCACUGAGGCUCAGCACUGGGGGAGAGAAGCUCCGGGGAACCCUGUACAACACCGGUCGCCACGUGUCUUUCCUGCCUGCACCCCGGCCUGUGGUCAAUGUGUCUGGGGGUCCUCUCCUUUAUAGCCACCGACUCAGUGAAUUGCGGCUGCUAUUUGGAGCACGAGAUGGAGCCGGCUCUGAACACCAGAUCAACCACCAGGGGUUCUCUGCUGAGGUGCAGCUCAUCCACUUCAACCAAGAACUCUAUGGGAACCUCAGUGCAGCCUCCCGGGGCCCCAACGGCCUGGCCAUUCUCAGCCUCUUUGUCAAUGUGGCUGGCAGCUCAAACCCAUUCCUCAGCCGUCUCCUUAACCGUGACACCAUCACCCGCAUCUCCUACAAGAAUGACGCCUACUUUCUUCAAGACCUGAGCCUGGAGCUCCUAUUCCCUGAAUCCUUCGGCUUCAUCACCUAUCAGGGCUCUCUCAGCACCCCACCCUGCUCUGAGACUGUCACCUGGAUCCUCAUUGACCGGGUCCUCAAUAUCACCUCCCUCCAGAUGCAUUCCCUGAGACUGCUGAGCCAGAAUCCUCCAUCUCAGAUCUUCCAGAGCCUCAGCGGUAACGGCCGGCCCCUGCAGCCCUUGGCCCAUAGGGCCCUGAGGGGCAACAGGGACCCCCGGCACCCCGAGAGGCGCUGCCGAGGCCCCAACUACCGCCUGCAUGCCCACUGCCGGAACAUUUCUCCCAGCUUCCCAACCUGUGGAUGGCGUUCCCCAUGGUCGCUGAGACUCCCUAUCGAGGAUUGCGCCUGUUCUUUCCAACUCUACCCAAGAGGGAAGGGGAGUCACCCCCAAAACAAAGCUAUUAAAGGGACAGAAUAA